AAUACGGCAUGAACAAAAAUCGAAGAUCUUGUGCGUCGCAGGCGAUUAAAACUUCUACAGUGUUUCAAAGAUGACGUCAGCAUCAAGAGGAGCGAUAUAUAUAUUUGUAUAUGUAUAUCACCAUCCAACCGCUCGACGUCUCAAUCACCUCAACACUCGGCGUCCUUCUCGAAAAUCUUUAUUUAUUUUUCUUUUGAUAGCUAUUCUCUGUCCUGUUUCUCCAAUGGCGUUCGCGAAGUUCGGAUGCCGGGGGAGUGAUCUGGUUCACCGCGGCGUACUGGAGGUCCCAAACGGAUCCGAUCACCACAAUGCGCGAUCUCCAUUGUCAUUCCCGGUGAGAAACCGCAACGGCCAUCGCAGAUCCGUCGGGACGAUCUCGGCGUCGAUGGCGGAGGCAGUGCUGCACCGCGCGGAGAUCGAGAAACUGAGGAGGAGCGGCGGCAGAGGAAGUCGGAGGGAGGCAGCGGUGGCGCGUGAGGAGAUGGAUCGGUGGAUGAAGGAGUCGGUGGUGGAGAUCGUGAAGAACCUGGUCCACGCGCCGCUGCUGGUCCAGGUGUACGGCGGCGGAGGGGCGGUGGUGGCGAAGGCGGAGGAGUGGGAGGCAGUGAAGGGGAGGUGGGUGAAGGGAGAGACGGAGCUGCCGGAGGGGAUGAUCUUUGUGGAGGAGCUCGACGGCGGAGAAUCGCCGGAGGGAUGCGGUUGCGGCGGAGAGGGGACGCGCGCGUGGGGGUUAGUGGUGCAGGGGAAAGGAUCGGAGACAGGGCCCGUCUGUUACUUGUUGAAGACGACCAGGGUAUCCGGGUCGGAUCCGGGUAUGGGGAGUAUCCAUUUUUGCUUGGUGAGGGUCUCGAGUUUUACGGAGACUACAGAGUCUCAGCUUAGGAAUUGUUGGAUCGUCGGAAAAGGACAUGGACGAUUUAGCUAAUGAUGAUGAUGAUGAUCAUGUUGAUUUACGCAUUUUUUUUUUAUUAGAGUUAUAUAUGAAUAAUUUGUAUAUAAACGUCAUCAAAGUGAAUAACAUUUUUUUUCAAAACAUCUGUAAACAUACCUAAAGUGAAGUAAAAUUUUUGUUCGUUGAUU